UACCAGUCUAUUUUCCACAAGUGCUAUAGUGUGACGUGAAAAUUGUUAUCAGAAACAUUGACAGCUUCAAGAAAAAUGAAGCUGAUACCAUUAUUCAUUUUGACGAUAAGUCUAGCUGUGGACAAUAUAGCUCACGAACAUUUCACUUUUCCACCACAAUUCCAAUCUAAUAUGUUUACAUCUGAAAAAAAUCCUUACUUACCCCCAGAGGCUCAUACUCCUCAUCCAUAUUUUCAAAUGAAUAAUAACAUAAAUAAAUUGCAAUUCCCUUAUCUUCCCCCGACCGCUACAAAGGCUCCAAUGGGAUACCCUUCACCAUUCCCUAUGAUGAUGUCUUCAACAAUAAGACCUAUUAGAAUCGAAGAUGAUGACGAUGAUGAAGAUAAUAAACCAACAACAGCGAGGUCGGUUUCCUUAAGGAACACAUAUAAUCACACUGGAAAAAUGCCUAACCAAAUGGCGGAAAGAAGAGAAAUGAGACCCCCACCAAAGAAUUUUAUACAUCCCAUUGAUAGAAUAGAUACGAAAAUGCCUUUUCAAUUUAACUCCAACCCUGAAUCCUCAACGCAAAGUGCACCAACGCAAACGAUGACACGCAGUAUAAACAUAAUGGAUUUCCAUCGAGAUCACUCUGUGGAUCAAAUGAAAGCAGCUAGUUUUCAAGGCCCACAAUAUGUGCCGCAGCCUGGUGUAUUCAUCUCUUCUACAACAGAAACUGCGAUACCCAUUUUACGUUUAUCAAACGAAAUGGAUUUAGAUGGGAGCUUUAGUUACGAGGCUUUAGGAGCAGAUCAGACCCAUUACGUGCAACAUAGUCGCAUGGAAAAUGCAGGUACUGGCAAAGACGAGCAAGUUGUUGAGGGAUCAUACUCGUAUGUGGGAGAUAAUGGAAAGACAUACACGGUUCACUAUAUUGCGGAUGCGAAUGGUUUUAGAGCAAGUGGCGAUCACUUGCCGGUUGCACCGCCGAUUCCUGAAAUUAUUCAGAGAGCAAUUCAGUACAACUUAGUCGAAGAAUCGAAGAAACCACCGCAUUUAAAAUCAUGGAAUGGGGAACAACAAGAAAACGAAUUAAGCGAAAGUGAAAAACGACAUCAGUUCGCUGUCUCACCGCCGCGCCUUAGUAGUCUAUUUACAGGAAAAACUCCUGAAUCAUUCUCGCAUAGUUUUUCACAACAGUCGAACACACAAAAUAAUUUAGUAGCCGCAGCUAGUUCACAGAGUCCGGUUCAAGCGUCCAUUAACUUCGCAGAUCAAAUGCAAACUAAACAAAACAGUGGAACAAUUUCCCCACAAAUAACUUUUCUGGCUUCACAGGGUGCUCACGUUCCGUCUGUAAACGCGCCUGAACCGAUAAAUAGAAUGUUCACAACUGAAAAAUCAACAAUGCCUCAGUUAGUAAAUUACGAAGCAAACAUGAAAGAGUCCGAUCAAGAAAGUAACAAGGCUUUGUGGAGGUGGCAGUACGGUAUUAAUGCCAACGGUAAUCAAAAUAAUAACAUAGAGAAAAACUCCAUAUCGAGAUCAUUCGGCACAGAUGACAUUGUUAUUAACUUCAAUGAUAUGACUCCCGAUCAGUAUACAACAAUGAUAAAGCAACAACUAGAACCAAAUAUAAAAGAAAACACGGAAAUGACGCAAAAUCUAGAUUCAAAAGACAUUAGUUAUUAUUCUGAUUACAAAAAAUAUUCAGAAAAUGAUUUUAAUAAUUACUCUCAAGAGAAUUUAAAGGCUGACAACGCUAUAAACAGCGAUGAAAAACAAUACUCAACUGAAAGAGUUGCACCUUCGAUUAAUCAAAAUAACUGGCAUCAAAACCAAAUUGACACAAGGAAAAAUGAUCUUCCCAAUUCUGAUGACGACGUUAACCAAUUACAAAAUGAAGACACCCAAACAUCUAGGCCAACACUUAUUACGCAACAAAAAUUUAUUCCUCAAAGUCAAACGGUAACACAAAACUACAAUUAUGUUGACGACAAUUUCGAAUCUAGGAGAACCAGAAUAUUAAAUACUGCUUCAUCGAAUAUUCAUGAAAAUAAAUUGACUGUUUUACCUUUAAAUUACUACCCAAAUUCAGACCAUAAGCACAAUGUAAAGCAUGGCAUUAAAACCGAAUCGGUAACUGCAGCUGUCACUUAUGAACCACCCACGACCACUGUUAAAAUGUUUGACCAUUCAACAAAAGGCGGUAACAUAAAAUUCACCGACUUUAUUAUACCUCAAAAUGAGAAUGAUUUCAAACCAGUAUUUUCAUUUACGGAACCCUUAACUGAGCCUACUACUACUACAACCACAACAGAAAUAAACAUUGAACACGCAAUUGAAGAGAACCUUUUCUUAAAAAAUCUAUUUAGAAAUCAUAAAAAUGAAGCCGAUGUUAACAACAAGAUAAGAGAUGAAAAUAAUAACAAAAUAAAUCUUCAAGUUAAGCCGAUUGAAACGAGAGUCGAGAAACAGCCAAAAUAUGUAUAUCAAACUAAACUGCUCAAUGAAGUCAAAGCUUUAAAGAAAAAGCCUGUGGACAUAGCCGAUAUAUUAAAUUACAUAGCUAAGAAUCAGUUUGAAUCUGGUAAAUUAAAACCGGCGACAAAACAAGUGGCUAAUAACAUGAAACAAAAAUCUGAAACGCUUUACUAUACUCCUGAACAAGAUAUUGAUGAUGAAACAGUCAACCGACACCAGCGUACACAGCCACAGCAAGAAGAAUUACGUGGUGUUAUAAGAAAUUAUAAAGUCCUUCAUCGAAACAAUAACUAUGCCAACGUAGAACGAAAUGAAAACGAUGAUAGAUUGAAAAGGAAUUUAAGUCCACCGCCUUUAAGAUCUGUAAAUCUACCUCCUUUAGGACGCGCUGGCCCAUCAAUGAAAUCUUACUUGCCUCCGAUUUACAUAUAAAUAAGAAAAUUCUGUGAUUAGUUUAAUUGGCUUCGUAAAUUUUAA